GAGAAGUUGUUAAACAGGUUAGAUGUCUUAUGAGUUAUGACGAUGAUCAAAGAGAGAGAGUGAUGACUGUCUUUUAUGAUUUUCAUUAAACCAUUGUUGCAAUUGAACAAAUGGAUUUAGUACCUGUUUCAGUAUUAGGUGCACACAUUCCUUUUCGUACGUCAUUUCCUAGUUAUUAUGUUGUUUUUGUCUUGUUGCUACAGCUCAAGGACAAUCGCACUAUAUACGAAAGUUAUGUUCCGAUGAAAUACAAACGGUAUUACAAGAGGAUGGCAAAACUUGGAGAAUGGGGAGACCAUAUUACCCUACAAGCUGCGGCAGAUAGGUUUGCAGCAAAGAUAUGCCUGCUGACAUCCUUCAGAGACACUUGCUUCAUUGAAAUUAUGCCUCAAGACCAAGCACCUAAGCAGUUAUGGUUAAGUUUCUGGUCAGAGGUGCAUUAUAACUCUUUAUACGAUAAUCAAGCGGUUCCAGUUCAGCAGAAGCCAAAGAGAAAACAUUGGUGGUUCUAGAAAGCAAGCCUCUCACAUUGAUAACAUCUUCAAAUUUUAUUAUUUCAGUAUUGUGCAUAAGUCAACAGUUUCAGACGCCGUAACUCUUCCUUCAUACUUGUAUACACACGAACUAGCUUGAGCUAUAACAUUUUUAAGCCAAACAAAA